AUGGGGAGCUGGGAAACCAUCAGCACUCAUGCUUUGCAAAUCUCUGAGCUGCUUUUUCCAGCCUCAGAUCUCAAGGAUACAGGCUCUGCCAUCUCCCGUCAUACCAACAUCUGAAGGGAGCGAAUAACAUCUACUGCCCAGGAUGUCUGCGAGGUUCAACAAAGGUUGCUGACUCAAGGCUGACUGUGCCCACCCACACCCUUGGACUGGCCCCCCCCGCAGGCUGUAGGGCCGAGGGGCUGGUCGGACAAGAUUCCCCUCUAGCCCCUCCCUCCCCCAGGACAAAACCAGUCACCCCAGAGGCAGGGCCUCAUUUGCCUCAGGAAGCCACAGCCUGCCAGCGCUUGUUCCAGCUUCCAACCCAGCUAUGGCAUCCCCACUACCCAUCAGAACCUCGUCCUUUGUCCUGAUUCUGCUGGCUGUUCUGGCCCCAGGAGCUGCAGACUUCAACAUCUCAAGCCUCUCUGGUCUGCUGUCCCCGGCGCUAACGGAGAGCCUGCUAGUUGCUUUGCCCCCCUGUCACCUCACAGGGGGCAAUGCCACACUGAUGGUGCGGAGAGCCAAUGACAGCAAAGUGGUGAAAUCUAGCUUCAUGGUGCCUCCAUGCCGUGGGCGAAGGGAACUGGUGAAUGUGGUGGACACUGGGGCUGGUUUCACUGUCACCCGGCUCAGUGCUUACCUGGUGACAAACCUCGUGCCAGGAACCAAAUACUACAUUUCUUACCUAGUGAUGAAGGGGACAUCCACUGAGUCCAGCAGAGAGAUCCCAAUGUCCACACUUCCUCGAAGGAACAUGGAAUACAUUGGGCUGGGAAUGGCCCGGACAGGGGGCAUGGUGGUCAUCACAGUGCUGCUCUCUGUCGCCAUGUUCCUGCUGGUCCUGGGCUUCAUCAUCACCCUGGCACUGGGUACCAGGAAGUGAGGAGGCCUGCACGGGGCAGUGGGCUCCUCCAGGAGGUCCAGGGCGCUGUCCAUCUCUCCAGCCCAGAGCUUUGCCGCUUGCUCCUGCCUCGUCUCCUGAACAGACUGCCUGCUCCCAGUCCUCAAUCACCAGUCUUUGGCUGUGCCUGCACUUCAGUGCCUUUACCUCUAUUCCUUUUACUCCCCCUGCCCCUUGUCCCCUAAUUACUCACCUUCGCCCAACUCUUCCUAUUAUUCCUUUCACCCCACCCCUGUCAGAAUUAGUUUUCCUUCCAUCUCACCUCUUUAA